UGCACUGCUCACCUGGGCACAGGGGAAGGCACAGAGAGCUGGUAAGAAACCAACUCGAGGAACUCCCAGCAUCCAGAAUCCAUCUGAGAACAUGCUGGCGCAAAUGGCCCUUUUGCUGCUAAUGUCCUUGAACUUGGUUCAUGGAGUGUUUUAUACGGAGCAAUUCCAAACACCUACAGGCAUAAAAGGCCCACCAUCCAACACCAAGACACAGUUCUUCAUCCCUUAUGCCAUAAAGAGUAAAGGUGUAUCACUACGAGGAGAGCAAGGUAUCCCUGGUCCGCCGGGCCCUGCUGGACCUCGAGGGCACCCGGGUCCAUCUGGACCACCAGGAAAACCAGGCUCCGGAAGUCCUGGGCCCCAAGGAGAGCCAGGGUUGCCCGGACCGCCAGGACCGUCAGCUACUGGGAAGCCAGGUUCGCCAGGACUCCCAGGAAAAGCAGGGGAGAGAGGACCAUAUGGACCAAAAGGAGAUAUUGGACCAGCUGGUUUACCAGGACCACGGGGCCCACCCGGGCCACCUGGAAUCCCCGGCCCAGCUGGAAUUUCUGUUUCAGGAAAACCUGGGCCACAGGGACCUACAGGAGCCCCAGGACCCAGGGGCUUUCCUGGAGAAAAGGGUGCAUCAGGAGUCCCUGGUAUGAAUGGACAGAAAGGGGAAACGGGAUAUGGUGCUCCUGGCCGCCCAGGUGACAGAGGCCUCCCAGGUCCUCAGGGUCCCAUGGGACCCCCUGGCCUUCCCGGAGUGGGAAAAAGAGGUGAAAAUGGACAGCCAGGACAGCCAGGCAUCAAAGGUGAUCGGGGCUUUUCAGGGGAAAGGGGGCCAACUGGCCCACCAGGUCCCCAAGGUCCUCCUGGGGAACAAGGCCCAGAAGGCAUUGGAAAGCCAGGAGCCCCUGGAGCCCCAGGCCAGCCAGGGGUUCCAGGGACAAAAGGUCACUCUGGGGCUCCAGGAAUAGCUGGGCCCCCAGGGGCUCCUGGCUUUGGGAAACCAGGCUUGCCAGGUCUGAAGGGACAAAGAGGACCUAUAGGCCUUCCAGGGAGUCCGGGUGCCAAAGGGGAACAAGGCCCAGCAGGUCAUCCUGGGGAACCAGGUCUGACUGGACCCCCUGGGAAUAUGGGACCCCAAGGACCAAAAGGCAUUCCAGGCAACCACGGGAUCCCAGGCCCUAAAGGUGAGAUGGGGCCAGUCGGGCCUGCAGGAUACCCUGGGGCUAAGGGAGAAAGGGGCUCCUCUGGGACAGAUGGAAAGCCAGGGUACCCAGGAGAACCAGGUCUCAAUGGUCCCAAGGGUAACCCAGGGUUGCCAGGCCCAAAAGGUGACCCUGGAAUUAGAGGACCUCCUGGUCUCCCAGGCCCGGUGGGCCCAGCAGGAGCUAAGGGACUGCCUGGACACAAUGGUGAGGCUGGGCCAAGAGGUGUCCCUGGAAUUCCAGGUACUAGAGGUCCCAUUGGGCCACCAGGCAUUCCAGGAUUUCCUGGAUCCAAAGGGGAACCAGGAACUCCAGGUCUUCCCGGCCCAGCUGGCAUAGCAACAAAAGGUCUCAAUGGUCCCACUGGGCCACCAGGGCUGCCAGGUCCAAGAGGCCAUGCUGGAGAGCCUGGCCUCCCAGGGCCCCCGGGGCCCCCAGGCCCCCCAGGCCAAGCAGUCCUGCCCGAGGGCUUUGUAAAGGCAGGCCAAAGGCCUCUUGUUAGUGCCAACCAGGGAGUAACAGCAAUGCCUGUGUCUGCCUUCACUGUUAUUCUCUCCAAAGCUUACCCAGCUAUAGGUACUCCUAUCCCAUUUGAUAAGAUUUUAUAUAACAGACAACAGCAUUAUGACCCCAAAACUGGAAUCUUUACCUGCAGGAUUCCAGGAAUAUACUACUUCUCCUACCACGUGCAUGUGAAAGGGACCCAUGCUUGGGUAGGCCUGUAUAAGAACGGCACCCCUGUAAUGUACACCUAUGAUGAGUACAUCAAAGGCUACCUGGAUCAGGCUUCAGGCAGCGCUGUAAUUGAUCUCACAGAAAACGACCAGGUGUGGCUCCAGCUGCCCAAUGCAGGGUCGAAUGGACUGUACUCCUCUGAGUAUGUCCACUCCUCUUUCUCAGGAUUCUUAGUAGCUCCAAUGUGAACACAUUCCCACCGAGCUAAUACAAGUCUGCUUGAAAAGGCAUUCCCCAACUGCACCCCACCCCACAAAAUGCAUAUGGAGGUAGGCUGAAAAAAAUGUGACUAAUUUUAGUCUUCCAAAAUACAGAUCUGAGCUCUCAGGCAUGGUAAACAAUAUGUGAAGACCCUCUCGAGUUUCUAGUCAGCAAAUCCUAAGUCUCUUUGAAGUCUUCUGUGAAUUCCUUCAGUGUUUAAAAAUUCCACCAUAAAAGUACUGCUAAGCCAAAAAAAUAAAAUGAUCACAAAAAACCCUGAAACGUGAUGCUAAAUUAUGUUAAAUUUGAUUUUAGAAAUUCAGCAUUUCCUUUUAAAAUAAGCCUGUUUCUAACAAUUAACAGGAAAAUUUCUAGGAAACAUUCAGGAGGUGUCAUAUAUCUUUAUGGGACUUAAAUACUUGAAUACUCAAAUUUAAAAGACACUACAUCCUAAGAUCUUUCUGAUGGUGCAUUACUCAAAGGCUUAAAUGGCCCCCUUCAUCAAUAUCUUUUCAAGUAUACAGGUGCAUAUAGACUUUUUACAGCUCUCAUAAAAAAACCAAAAUAUUAUGUUAAAAAUAAUCUGAAAUGCAAGGUGUUUUAGUCAUGACCCUUUUUAAACUUCUCUGUGAUUGCAGAAAAGCUUUCUAUACACCCUUCACAACUUGGAAAUGAUGUCUGAUCUAUUUUAUUUAUUUGACAGAAGUGUGAUUAAUUUGCUUUAAUUCCUUAUUGAGUCUUACGUAAUAUGAUUUUGUGGGUUUACAGAGUAUUAGCAUAUGUACCUUGGGCCUCCCAUUCCAGUGAAAUUAUAACUAGCGUCAAGGGUUUCAAAAUCUGACUAGAAAUGAAAAGAUAUUUAUUUAUGCUCUGUACUGUAUUUUUAUGUUGCUGUUAACACUUUCAAGCUGUGCCUCACGAAAUGUUUUAUCUACUCUUUAUUUACAAUGCAAUAAAAUAACAUCAAUAGA